GACAGCUGAUAAAUGACAUUUCUGGAAGUGUCAUUGUUGAUUGAGUUUUUCGGACGAGAAUAAAUUAUUAUAAAACAAAAGAAUUGUUUGUAAAGCAAUAAAAUUAGUUAGUGGAAUAAUUUGAUAAAGAUGAAUAGCCUACUGCGCCGUAGUUUAUUUCCAAUUUAUAGCAAUACGCUUAAGUUAUCAUGUCGAUCAUUUGCCGAUGUUGGUGUAAAAGAAAAAAUCGACACAAUUGUUAAAAAUAACAAAGUGGUAGUAUUUAUGAAGGGUGUACCCGAUGCGCCUCGCUGUGGCUUCAGUAAUGCAGUGGUUCAGAUAAUGAGGAUGCACGCAGUUCCGUACGACAGUCACGAUGUCUUGUCGGAUGAAGAUCUUAGACAAGGUAUCAAAGACUACUCAAACUGGCCGACAAUACCACAAGUAUUCAUUAACGGUGAAUUUGUUGGAGGCUGUGACAUAAUGUUACAAAUGCACCAAUCAGGUGAGCUCAUCGAGGAACUGAAGAAAGUAGGUAUAAAGAGUGCGCUCUUAACGGCCGAGGAGUCCAAAAAGGAAGAACAGAAAUAACACUUUGACUUUAGACACUAUUUUAGAUAUGCAUAGGGUACUAUAAUUUAUUGAUAAUAAUUUUCUCAUGUGGCUAUGUAGUGGAUAUGUUUUUACCUGUAGUAUAUAUUAUUAUGUACUGAUAUAUAGCCUAGUAUCUUUCUACUUCUGUCAAUACUAGCAAGCUGAUCUGUAAUUUUAGUUGAUUUUUCAAAUAUAUGGACUGUGUUGACUUGA